AUGGCUUCCAAAGACACCACGUCCUCUUGUUUUGUCAGCGUUUCCAGGGACCACACAGAGAGCAUCAGGAAGCUUGUUGACAAAUCCUCAAUCAAGUUCAUCCGUGGCAUCAAGCUCGAAACGAAAAACGGCAAAUCAGAAGACAGAAUAUUGGUUCUCACGACAUGGAGGCUCUACCUGAUGGCUGUGAAGGUGCCCUCAAAGGUGGAGAUGACUUUCAACUUCCUGGAGAUUCGAGCCAUAAAUACCCACCCGGAGCUGCAGGUUGUCAUAGAAACCGACAAGACCUCUUACUCCUUCCGGCUCCAGUCCAGGGAGCACCUGGAUCACAUGAUCAGUCAUGUCAACUACGCCCUUUCACGAAUAUUCAACAACUCUAUUUUUGCACCGUCCAUCUGCCAAUCAGACAGCGACUUAUCAGAUGGCAGCAGGAAGUACUCGCCGAGCUCCGACACUUCUGUGGAGACGCAGAGAGCAUGUGGAGGGUUCUCCGAGACAUAUGCUGCCCUAUGUGAUUACAACGCCAUCAGCUGUAAAGAAGAAGUGCAGUGGGAUGUGGACACCAUCUACCAUUCUCAGGACAACAGAGAAUUCAACCUUCUGGACUUCAGCCAUCUGGAAAGCAGGGACCUGGCGGUGAUUGUGGCCUCCAUGGCGUAUAAUACAUGGUUCACCAAGCUCUUCUGCAAAGACCUGCGCAUUGGUUCAGAGGUCACGGAGCAGGUCCUGCACACGCUCAGUAAGUCAUCCAGCCUGGAGGAGAUCACGCUGGAGAAUGUGGGGCUGAAAUCUGACUUCCCCCAGAAGUUGUCCGUUGCCCUUUCGGAGAACCCGGCGUCUGUAAUCCACUCCCUCAAUUUGGCUCAUAACACACUCGACAAUCAAGGUGUGUGCAAUCUUAUUCAGCAGGUGUGUCGACUGAGCAAAGGGCUGCGUCUCCUCAACCUGUCCAAAACAUCUCUGUCCUCUAAAGGUGUGGUGUCCCUGUCUCAGGCCCUGUGCUCCAGUGAUGACUACUCCAACUCCCUGCUCCACCUGGACCUCAGCAAGAACCCCGGGGUCCUGUCAGGGGAGGACGCCUCGAAUCUGCACCUCUUCCUCUCUCAGCCUAACUGCCUAGUCCAUCUGGACCUGUCCAGCACAGACUGCUCAGUGGACUCGCUUUUCGGUGCGUUGCUCAGGGGCUGCUGUGCUGACCUCUCCUACUUGAAUCUCUCCAAAAACUCCUUCGCUAACAGGAAAGUGAAGGACUCGCUCCCCUUUUUCCGGCAGUUCUUCAGCUCCGCAUUCUCCCUGACUCACAUCAGCCUGUCCUCCAUGAAGCUGCCCCCUGACGUGCUGAGGGCACUGCUCAUGGGUCUGACAUCAAAUCCGCACAUUAAUGACAUGCACCUGGAUAUCAGUGGCUGCGAGCUCAGGUCAGCUGGGGCUGUGGUGCUGCAAGAGCUCUUCCCCAGGGUGUCCUCCAUCGCCACACUGGACAUCUCCGACAACGGUCUGGAUGGGGACUUACUCACGCUCCUGCCUGCUCUCUCCAAACACCCUUCCCUCAAGCACCUCCACCUGGGCAAAAACUUCAACAUUAAGCACAGAGUGCUGGAUGAUGUUCUUCAGAAGCUGGUGCUGAUGAUACAGGAAGAGGACUGUGUGUUGCAGUCCUUGUCUCUGGUGGACUCACGGCUGCGCUCCAGAGGCACGGUGCUGGUCAACGCGCUGGGCAGCAACACCUGCCUACGCAAGGUGGACCUCAGUGGAAACAGCAUGGAGGACAUCGGGGCCAAGAUGCUGAGCAAGGCACUGCAGAUCAACACCACUCUCAGGAGUGUGACAUGGGAUCGGAACAACACCACUGCAACUGGAUUCUUGGAUGUGGCUCGUGCAUUGGAGCAUAACUUCACAUUGCAGUAUAUGCCCCUUCCUCUCAGCGACAUCACGCAGGCCUACCGCAGUGCACCUGAGAAGAUGGAGCAGGCUCUGACCAAGAUCCAGAGGGCCCUACUGAGGAACAACCAGACUCAGCGUUUCUCCCAGAGACAGGCUCUACGCCUUCACCAGGGCCUGGUCACCAGCACAGCGGAACAGGUGAUGGAGCGUCUGUGUGUGCGGGUGCAGCAGCAGGUGUGCGCCCUGAAAGGGGCCACGGAGGUGGAGGAGCUACAGGCUGCUAAACAGGUGCUCAAGGAGGCCAGGAACUCACGAGCGCUGUACCCGUCCCUGUGUGAGCUGGCUCAUGUGCUGUCAGUGGAUGGGCCUGUUCGGCAGAGGCUGGACUCACUGGCUGGAGAGCUGGCCAAAGCAGCUGACAAGGAGCUUCAGGUGAUCGUGGACUCCAUGGUGUCUCUGUGUCGGGAACUGUGUCCGCUGUCGUCCGGGGCAGCGGAGCGUCUGAGUCCUCCUCUCUCCUCCGUCUCCGAGCGCGUCUCCAUUCCCCGCUCCGCCAUCCGCACCGCACUCAUGGAGCGCGCCGCACAGGACAUCCACAGAGCACUCGAGGAGGUCAAGCUGUCCGUGGUGUCCUACCUCACCAACUCCAUAGUGGACCAGAUUCUGCAGGAGCUCUACUCCACACAUAAAACCCUGGCUCGGCAGGUGUCCCAGCUUAAGCGCUGGGAGGGCAUGUGUGAUGGCGGCACGGGCAGGAGAUCACAUCGACAUCGAGACUCACUAGAGAUCACAGACGAGGAACUCGGCACUAGCAUAGACACCAUCGCCAUUAAGAAGCGGAGCUCCAGAACCCGACGCAUCCGACCCGUAUCCACCAGGCUGAGUCUAAACGAUGACUCCAGCUCGUCCCCUCCCCCCUCCGCCCCUCCCCUGUCCUCGCCCCUGUCCCGCUCGGCCUCUUGGGAAGGGCUGUCGGAGCUGCCCACCCUGGGCACUCCCCUGCAGCACUACACCCGCGUCCGGCCCAAACCCCCACGCAAGCAUCGCGGCGGGCACACACUCACCGAUGCGCAUUGCAAUGAAAAUGGUGCAGUCACGCCGCUUGACGAUGGACUGCCUGAUUUCUACACCAAGAGAGUUCUUCCUGACAGCCAGCUCUCCUCCCUGCACAAAGCCCACUCUCUGCGAAGAAAGAAACGGCGCAACAUGCUCUCCAUCUUCGGUUUCCGUAGGAACCGCAACUCCACUGUGUCGUCCAAUCAGGAGGCAGACUCAGGUGGCGGCAGUAGCGGGUCCUGCAGCGAGGAGUGCCGAACAGUGGCCACGGCACCCACAGGAACUGCCCAGGAAAAUGUUUACACUCUCCUCCAGCCGCCGAGAUCAUCGGGCAGGGCCAGCUCCCCAGGGGAGGGGUCUGAUGGGACUGUGGAGGACCAGAGGGUGGAGAACCUACCCACCGGUGUCAUGGAAGUGAGGUCCAUUCAGGGCAUGCCACUUCCACCCAUCGGAGAGAACAUGCAGCUUUACUCCAUCAAACAGAGACCAGAGCCCGAAGACGAUGCCUAUGAGAGACCAGCGGGGCCGGAGAGACCGUCAGCCCUGGAGAGGCCAGUGGAGAGAGCGGAGCGGCCGUCCAUGUCCGCCCCCGACAGACACACGCUCAGACAGAUGGACAGGCAGCCCGACAGACAGACGGACGCGGAGAGGCAGACGCUGAGGCAGGCGGACAGGAUGGAGGCACAGAGGCAGACCCUGAAGCUGCUGGAGAGGCCCACGGAGAGGGAGGUGGACAGACAGACGCUCCGGCAGCUGGACAGGAGGGCGGAGAAGCAGUUGGCCGAGGGCCGGCAGGUGGAGAGGCAGUGGCCGGAGGAGAGGCUGUGGACCGACCUGAGGCCGGCCGACAGGCAGGCGGACCGAGGCUGGACGGACCUGCGGGCAGCGGAGAGGCAGUGGGCAGAACCCAAGCAGCCGGACAGACUCAGGGCAGACAGCAGGCAGCAGACAGAUAGGCCGGCAGACAGACAGAGCGCACAGGGGCCACGCACACCCACAGACUGCAGGCCGCUGCCGCCAUACCCCACCGGAGACAGGACACCCUCCCCCAACACACAAGCAGAUAGACAGCUGGGCGCAGACAUGCACGCAGACAGGCAGCCGCCGCAAGACAGGUGGCAUCACUCGGACGCGCAGAUCGACAGGAGGAUUUACGCAGAGCCCGACAUGCAGCUGGAGAGGUGGUACCACCCGGACGCGCAGAUAGACAGGCGGAUAUACUCCGAAGUGCAGCUGGACAGACAGACAGGCCCCGACAUGCACACUGACCGACAGCUAGUACGCUCCGACAUUCAGACAGACAGGUGGCAUCAUCCUGACGCGCAGAUAGACAGGCGGAUAUACGCUGAGGUGCAGCUAGACAGGGAGAGGCAGACAGCUGCGGAGCCGCACAUGGACAUGAGACGCCCGCCCUCCGACCUGCAGUUAGACAGACGGGUAUACGCUGAAGUGCAGGCAGACAGACAGAGCCACGCCGACAUGCAGGUAGACAGGUGGCACCACCCGGAGACGCCCACAGACAGGCGCAUCUAUGCUGAGAUCCAGACAGACAGGCCGGGGGACGGGCAGACAGACAGGUGGCAUAGCCCAGACGCGCAGGCAGACAGGAGGAUAUACGCGGAGGUGCAGGCAGACAGGCACCAGGCACUCCUGGAUGGGCAGGUAGACAGGUACGGGGCUAUGCAGUCCGACCUCCAGAGCAGCCACCACACGGAGCAGCGGCCUGAGGUGUGGCUGAUGGAGGAGCGCUGCAGGAUGGGCAUAGCGCUCCCCCCUGGCCAGUCGCUGCCCUGCGGCCCCAAGCCUGAGCCUCCGCCACAGAGCAGCAAGCCCAACCUGACCAAGCUCAGACAGCGACACCUGUCUGACAACACAGUUACAGAGGAUGUGUUGGAUGAAGAGAGGGACUCUGGGAGGCAGGAGAAGAGAGAAAGAGAAGGAGGAGUGGAGAGGACGAGAGAAAUGGAUGGUCAUCCACCCCCUGUGCCUGUCAAGCCAAAGCCAGCCUAUGUGACAUCACCACAGGAUCCGACCAAUGAGAGAAAGAUCCCGCCUCCAGUGCCCCCUGCCUCCAGCAAGCCAUUGGCUGAAAGGUCUCACACUCAAGGUGAAGAGAGCGUGAGACCACAGGCCCCAGUGAAGCCACAACGGAACAGAAAGGCUCUGUCAUGUGACACAGGAAAUGACAGGGAAAGCCCCAAUAACCUGGAGAAGCCUCCAACCACACGCAAACCCCCUGUGAAAAAGCCUAGACUCCCCCAGAACAGAAACAAGUCUCUGGACUAUGCUGAGAGCCUCAACAGUGGCCAUGGCAACAGCGAAGCGGUGUGAUGACCAGAAUGGAACUCACCUGCACACAGACCCAUGUGGACACUGUUGUCAUGACAACCGGGGAACUUUUCUCU